AUGGGUGAUGCAUUUUUAUCACGACAAAAUCCAUCUAGGCCAAUAAUCUUUGGUGCUUUUCAUCGAAAUCACAUCGAACAAAAUAUCCCAGGAAAUUAUGUGAUAUUUCAAUUUCUUGGUGAUGUACAACAAACAUAUCGCUUAUAUUGUUUUUCAACAACACAAAAUGGUAAACAAUUUGUUUACCAAGCUCAUAUCCAACGAAUACAUCAAGGAAAACGUUUUGUAAAUGAUAUUUGCUCGAUGGCUGGUUUUAUUGCUGAAUGUAACGUUGCAAAUCAAUCCUUAUCAUUCAUACGAAUAAGCACAAAAGAUAAUGUGAAAGGAUCACUUAAAAUACCAAUUGAAAUGACAUCGGAAGAGAAGCGACAUAAACUUGUCGUUUGUAUGGCACCAACAUAUGCUCUUAUCGAAUGGCGCAUAUUACUUCUUGGUAUUGAAAUAUGGCUUGCACUUGGAAUUGAAGAAUCUCAUGUGAAUUGUUUACUUUUUGCUAAGCCAUGGGCAGAAAUGAUAGCAUUCACAGAUUUCGAUGAUAUUUUAAUUCCAAUACAACCAAUGAAAAUUUAUUCAACAGUGAUUAUUGACAUAUUACAGAAUCUUGCAAAUCAGCAUCCACAAGCUGGAUCGUUCCUCUUUGAGCAUCGUGAUGUACGAAUGGUACUACCGGAAAAUGAACAAGGAUUGCAAUUGGAUAAUUUUAAUUUCAGUUUCUUAAUUAAUUCAAAUAGGAAAAAAGAAUGUACAGUAUGGCGUAUGAAAACACGUGUCAUCGUGAAUGCAAGUCGUGUGGAUACUGUCAAUAUGCAUGAAAGUGGGAUUAAUCGUCUUGGUUAUGUACAAGUACGUGUUCCAUGUCAUCAAGCACAUUUUUAUCACAUGCGACAUUCAUUUCGAGACCAAGCAAUAGGACAAUUUAUUAAUAUGAAUAAUUUGGUGCAAUUACUUAAUAGGAAUUUUCAAAAACGACUUCAAACAACGCUUCAAACCAUUUCGAAACAACGGAUGAAUAGCACUUUAACUGGAACGUUGGAUGAUUUUGAUAAAUGUAUAAUUGAAAUUAACAAGGAACAUUUUAAGUUAAAAGUUUCACGUUGUAUGACACCUCACGUUUGCUAUCUUAAGAUGAAAAGUGAAAUUGAUUGCGUAGCAUCAGUUGGAAAUUAUGAAUUUGCGCAUAUAUCUGGUGAUUUCAUCCUUCGUUUAAUGAAUGCUCAAUUUACGGACAGUGACAAGAAUUGUGACGCACCAAUUUCAAAAAUUGUCAAAGGCAAUUAUUUUUAUGCACCAUAA